AUGGGCAUGGCUCUUCUACCAGUGUCGCGACACAGUGCUUUGAUAUCCUUCUUCGAGCUAUCACCCGAGACGGCCUUCCUGUUCCACAAGGCAACGGCUAGCCUUCUGUUUCUGAUAGUACUCCUCCACGGACUGCUAUACAUCGGUUGGGCAGGCGCAUACUACGCCCAGAACCCGGUCGCGUUCAAGCAUGUACUCCCUCUGCUCAAUCCCACGUACCUUUUCAACGAAGUGUGGCCGGGCAAUACCUCUAGCCUUGGUACCUGGCGAGUCUCUUUGAUCUUCACAGGCAGUGCAGCUGCUCUGAUCAUGUUCUUGACGCUGUGCACAAGCUUUGCCGCGGUCAGGAGGAAGCACUUCAAUUGCUUCUACUUCACUCACCUGCUCGCGAUCGUCGCGAUCAUCAUGGUCUGCCUCCACGCAUCGACAAUGUUCUAUUGCACUCUUCCCGGACUUUCGAUGUGGCUGUUAGAUUGGGGCAUGCGACUCUCAGAAUUGAAAGAAAGUCUUCCAGCUCGCCUGAGCAACAUUGGCAAUGGCUGUCUAACUGCGCCUUUACCGCGGAAGCGACUGUCAGGAUGUGCUUGUCACUCGCCAGUCGUCCAUUUUCAUCUACACCACAUGAAGUCCUCGAUCCGGGAAGUACACCCUUUCACGACAAUUACCAACCUAGCAUCCAAGAAGACGACAGUCACGGCCGACGAUGGGUUUAUCGAUGUACAGUUCUUGUUUCGCCGAACCAGAUCAGCGAGGAACAAUCAGUGGACCGACAAGCUAGCUCGCUUGAUUGACGAUCAGAAUGAUGAACCAUUGUCGAAUGAGAAAGCGAAAGAGGCGUGCUCCAUGUCGGUCAUCGGAGAGAAAGAUCCAGACAGAGUCAUAAAGCGCGACAUCGACCUGGAUACCCGGCUGGAAGGGCCAUACUUUACAGCCGUCAGUCCUGAGCAGUAUAACACCGUCGUAUGUCUAGUUGCGGGCACAGGCUUGAGUGGUGCGAUCGCCAUCGCUGCCGACUUCCGUGCCUCAAGGACGCCGGGCGUGUUAUCGUGCGGUGCGAGGAAAUCGCAAAAUGCUAUUAGCAACGUUGAAAGCGGCAAGCGCUGGCAGCGGUGCUUUGUGAUAUGGAGUAUGCGAGAAGACGACUAUGUCGGCAUACCAUUGCUCGACGAUGUACGUUGUGACGGCCUCGAGAUCCAAAUACGCAAGACGGGUCCAGGACGACCUCGUCUCGAUGUGAAAGCUGCCCUCGCGCGGAUCUGUAGCGAUGACAGCAGCAGUGCUUGGUGCUACAUUUCUGGUCCGAACGGUUUCAUCUCGGCUGCAGAGAAGUCUUGCCAGACUGUUGAAGGCUUGACAUGGUUUGCAGCUAGAUGGGGUUGA